CGGCGUCUGCUGUAAGUGAGGUUAGGUAGUUGUUUCAAGGGAUCGUUAUGAUGUCCAAUAAAUUGAAUUUCCUUUUAAGACAAUUUUACAGAGGACCAGCAUGGAAUUGUCGAUUUUGUUCAACGGUUCCACCAACAGCAGGGAACGAAAAAGAUCUCGCACCGAUGUUUUUCGACGAACGUGUACAACAGUUGUUGGUAACAUUAACUCGCAUUAAUUACGAAAGGAUCUUUGCGCCUCGUAGAGAUGGAACACCGUUGACCAGUCCGACGUACAAAUUUAUGACGGACGAGGAGCUGAAAGAAGCGAAAUUGGAGGUGGAGAAAAAAGCAAGGGGACGGAUACAAAUGCCACCAGUGGUGAAUCCGAGGGACGACACGGAUCUAGUAUUAUCCAAAGAUUAUGCCAUACAAGGUUUCGACAAUACAAAAUACGUGUUUACCGACAUAUCUUUCGGCGGCACCAAUAGGCAUAGAGUAAUAGUGGUGCGAGAGCCUAGUGGCAUACUGAGGCGCGCGAAUACCGAUGAAAGGCAUCGAAUGAAUCAAGUCUACUUUCCUAUAAAAGACAGAGAGCUACAUACACCAAAGAUGUUCACCAAUCCCCACUUCAGCGAACUGCUGGAAAAAGAGGAAUUCGAGUUCAUCUUGGACAGAGCAUGCUUGCAGUACGAUCCGGACCAUUCAGAGUAUCACAGGAUCACUAAAGCGGUGUACUCUCGAGUGCAGGAAUGGAAGAAAUUCGAUGCAUUGCGUUCAACUCGACAUUUUGGUCCUCUGGUGUUCCAUCUAGCUUCGGAGAAGAACAUCGAAGCUCUGUUGGAAGAUGUAAUUAAAAAUGGGAAGAUAGAGGAAGGGGCCGCGUUGGUGGAGCUGUAUCAUUGUCUCCAUCCCGAGGCUCAAUCCGCCGGAAAACCGACACAGAACGACAUAGAGCUGAUCAGGCUCUACGCCGAAUUGGAUUCCUCGGAUCGGUAUGGCAUAGAGCGCGCCUUGGAGACGUACGAGCAUAUACAGGCAGAGAAAAAACAACUACAGGAGCGUAUAGAGCAGGGACACCACGUGGCCGAGGAAACGGACCAAUCCGACCAACCGAAAACGUGAAUGGAAAGCGUUUCAAGAGAAUUUCUCUAUCUUGUACAAACCUUGUUAUUGUUACGAAUCGAAUAAAUAAUUCAUCACCGACAAGUCGCUACAA